AUGACGGUCAAGACCAUCAAACUCGGUGGAUCGGCGUCUGGCGCAGAAGUCGCGAAGAUUGGGCACGGCGUGAUGCUCAUGACCUGGAAACCGACGCACGUCCCCGACGAACAGUGUUUCGAAACCAUUAAGGCCGGAAUCGACCAACUUCCCCCUGGCGCGAAGAUGUUCAUUAACGCAGGGGAGUUCUACGCGUACGACCUCGGACCCGCCAAUUUGGAGCUGCUCUCGCGCUUUUAUGCCAAGUACCCCGAGUACGCUGAGAAGACCUUCCUCUCGGUCAAGGGUGGGGCAAAGCUGCAGACGCUCGACCCGGAUGGCUCGCCCGAGAAUCUGCGGCGCAGCGUCGACCACAUUAUCGAGAAACUCGGGCCGCACAAGCGGCUCGACCUGUUCGAGUGCGCGCGUGUGGUGGAAGACCCGCCGGUGGAGGAAGUGAUGAAGACGCUCUUGGGAUUCGUCAAGGAGGGUAAGUUUGACCAUAUUGGGAUUAGCGAGUGCAGCGCCGCGACGCUCAGGCGGGCGAACGCCAUUGCGCCAAUCGCGGUUGUCGAGAUCGAGGUUAGCCCGUGGUCCUACGAAGAGGAGACCAAGAAAGUCAUCGCUACCUGCAACGAGCUCGGAAUUGCUAUUGCUGCUUACUCACCGCUCGGUCAUGGCUUCCUGACGGGUAAACUCCUCCCCAAGGAUCUCGAAGCCGGUGAUCUACGCCUACACGGGAGCCGCCUGAAAGAAGAGAACUGGAAGCACAACGUGCAGCUCGUCGAGACGAUCUCCUCCAUCGCGUCGAAGAAGGGCAUCACUCCCGCGCAGCUCUGCCUCGCAUGGGUAGGCUCGCUAGGUCCGCAUAUCAUGCCCCUUCCCGGAUCCUCGAGCCCAUCGCGGAAGCUUGAGAAUCUCGCGGCCGGCCAGAUCGAGCUAUCUGAAGCAGAGGUUCAGGAGAUCGCGGAUACGAUGGCGAAAGUUGGAGUGAAAGGCGGGAGAUAUUACGAUGUCCCCGAUCAUGUCCUCAGGCUAUGGGCGUGA